UAGUUUCGAAGUCUGGAGCAAAUAUUUCAGGUCGGGAGUAGAAACGGGACGGACGCAUCGUUUAGUGUCCUGUGGCGUGUCGGAAUGCUUAGCGUAAUGUUUUAAUAUCUGUUUUUAUCUUCUUUUUUGGCAUUCCCAUACGUAAUUAUUACAUAGAAAGACAGCGCAAAAGGCUCGUUUGGAUCUGCCUUGGCAGCAGUAGCACAAUGGCCUGGCUCUGCAAAGUAAUUCAGAGACCAUCUGCGUUUAGCACGAAUUUGGUGGAAACGACAUUAUUUCCAUGGAUAGUCUUAACACGCAGCAAAUUCACCAAAUCUCGUAUUCCAAAAGAGGUGUUUGAAGAACGAGCUAAGGAGCAUGAAAAAUACGGAGGGGACCCGGAGCUGCCGCACAAACUACACGUUAUUACGCGGAUCAAGAGCGUAAAGCGACGUCCUUAUUGGGAGAAGAAAAUCAUUGAAGACUUCGGUCUCGGAAAGUCCCAUUCGCCGCGUGUUCACAAGAACAUUCCGUCUGUUAACGAAAAACUGAAAAUUAUAAAGCACCUAGUCAAGAUACAGCCGCUGAAGCUCCCUCAUGGCCUGCCUGCUGAAGGGGAAAUGGCAUACACUUUCUUAAGCAGCACGGGAGAACUGGUCAUUCAACGAUGCCUCAAACCGUCGGAACAGAAGGCUCUGGAGUCAUAGCCCAUUAUGCCACAUACACUGCUCUUGUAAAAUUAACCCUUAAAAGUUCCGUUUAGAGCUUUUUUUGUAGUAAACAUUGCAAGUAUUUAAAUAGGUGUGAAUAAAGUUCAUGUGAUGAGUUUAA